AUGGUGGCCAUGGCCGUGGUGGUGCUCGCCUUUGGGGCGGUCUACCAGCUCGUGACCAUCCGCAGAUUGUCUAAGCAAGCGAAGGCUGAUGAGAAGCAGCCCUUGAUGCAGGACCUCUGGUGUACCGGCUCGGUCGGGCGGGGUCCCCCUGCGGCUGCCGGCAGGGCGCACAUGGCACCGUCACCCAGACUUCAACUUCGCUGCUUGACCUCCCUGCUCUGUGUGCCCAUCCUCAUUCUCCGACCCCAGCUUUCCAGCUUGGGGUGGUUCCAGCCACCUGUCGGCACUGCAGCAUGCCCACGCCCCUGCCAGCUUCCGCCCUCCCUUAGCCGCCGUCAACGGCUCGCUGUCACGAAAACAUUGAACAACCAGUGGCAAGAACUGCCACCACCUGUUGUUUGGGACCCGCUGCUGCCUUGGCGUCCUGACCCUUCGCCUGUCCGCUGGCACCGUCGGAGGGCCUGUCACCAUCAGCAGCGGCGUCAGGCCUGGGCAGGGUGGCCUCACCGCGGGAUGCGCAUUGGUGAAGCCCAGAAUCCGGGGCCCCCUCUCCCUAGCACACCUGCUGGGCGGGAAAGGUCUCCUGCGCGACAGCCGCAAGCUCAACGGGUGUUUUGCCCGGUUCCAGCAUGUCCUUGCUCUGACCCAGCUCGGGCCCGGGGCUGGGCCACAGUCGCAACGAUGAAGUCCCACAUCGAUGCACACCUUGCCGGCUCCUUGCAAGGGGAUGUGCCCACUGCUCGGGCCGCUGCAGUGGACGCUGCCAUCCCAAUGGACACUGACGGCUUGCAACUCCCAUCCCUUUCAGCCAUUCAAGCUGCCAAGACUGCCACCAUCCGGCACGUCCCCAGUGCCGCACGCCAUGCGUGGGCUCAGGUCUUGACUCGGGCCUUGGCUGCCGCCGCCCAUCGCAAUGAUGACAAAGCUUGGCGUGAGCUUUGCAUGCUCCCCAAGUGUGUCCUUUGCGCCCCCCACCGUGGCGGCAGGCAACAUCGAAAAGCCACUGCUGCAUACACCUUGGACCGCUUGCAUCGGUGGCAGGAGGGGGAAAGGCUAUCCCUUUGGGAAUCCCGCACUGCUUUAAAGCGGGGGCCUGGCUUGCUUGAGCUUGAACAACGAAAGGCUCUGGCCAUUGGCUUGGCCCGUGAGGGCUUCGACCGCAAGGCUUGCGCAGCUCUUCUCUCCAAAGGGCUGUGCCCACCAACCGCCGCAACUGCUGAGGCCUUGCGAGCCCUUCAUCCACAACAGCCUCCUCCCACGGCGGUUGUCAUGAAUGAUCUCCCUGUCGCACCAGAGAUUGCGCCAGAAGCCGUCGCGCGAUGCCUCCGGGCUUUUCCCCCUGAAACUGCGCCCGGGCCUAGUGGGCUCCGCGUUCAGCACCUGAAGGAUGCUAAUGUGGCUGGUGGCAGUGAUGCUUUCCUCUCCCAGCUCACUGCUGUUGUGAACCUGCUGGCUCAAGGAAGAGCCCCAGAAUUCCUGGCCCCAGUCCUGGCGGGCGCUGGGCUUGUAGCCCUCCCAAAACCUCAAGGCGGGGUUCGGCCAAUAGCCGUGGGGGAGAUUCUGCGUCGACUGACCGGCAAGUGCCUCAUGGGCAUCGUGCGGAAUGAUGCCCAGUCCUUUUUCUGGCCUGCCCAAGUUGGCGUCGCCGUCCCGGGAGGUGCUGAAAAAGCAAUUCACACGGUGCGCGCCUGGCACCGGAGACACCAGACCUCAUCGGACAAGGUGGCCCUCAAGCUUGACUUCGCCAAUGCCUUCAACACGGUCCGCCGCGAUGCCGUCCUUUCUGCCAUCCGGGACCCUUUUCCAGCCCUGGCACGGUGGGCAACCUGGUGCUACCAGCGGCCGACCCGGCUACAAUUUGAUGAAUGGAUUGUUGAAUCUUGCGCCGGCGUUCAACAAGGCGAUCCUCUUGGGCCGCUUCUUUUCGCGGCUGCUUUGCAACCCCUGGCUCAGGACCUUCGCAAUGCAGGGCUAGACAUUGGUGUGCACUACCUGGAUGACGGGGUCCUGGCUGGCAACAUCCAUGCCGUCAGUGCUGCCCUUCGGCUGGUUGAAGCGCGGGCCGCUACGAUUGGGCUCCGCCUCAAUCUUGCCAAAUCUGAGCUGAUUGCUGUCGGUCGCUUGGACAUCGCGGCCCUCCAUUGCCAUUUUCCUGAUGCAUUGCUCCGCGCCCACGCCGAUGGAAGCUGCCGCGUUGCCCGCAACUUUGAGCUCUUGGGGGCUGCCAUCGGCGAGGAUAGCUUUAUCCACUCCCACACAGUGGAACGGGCCGCCAAAGCCGGCGACUUGCUUGACGCUUUGGGUGAGCUGGAAGACCCCCAAGUUGGAUUGCGGCUUCUGCGAGCCUGCGCUGGCUUCGCACGUAUGCUCCACAGCAUGCGUUGCAACCCUGCUGUCCCACAAACUGCCGCCUUGCGCAUGUUCGACGGCAUGGUUCGUCGUAGCUUCGGGGAUUUCACCGGGCUGCACCCCAACGCUUUGCAAUGGAAACAAGCCGCUUUGGGGUUGGGCCAUGGAGGCUUAGGCCUUCGUUCCACUUCGGACCACGCCUCUGCUGCCUUUCUGGCAUCCUGGGCAUCCGCCCUCCAGGCUGGGGCUGCGCUUGAUGCGACCUUCUGCCCCAAUGAGGCUAAGUCUUGCCCGGAAGUUGCUGCGGCCCUUGCUUGCUUCAACUCGAAACUCGAGCCUGAAGCUCACAUCACUUUGGACGAUGUUCUCUCUAGCAAGCAGCACGCCAUGUCCCAGCGGCUGGACCAUGCUGGCUGGCAGGAACAACUCGGACACGCUAGCGUUGCUGGGCGCGCAACCCUGCUUUCAGAAGCCUCCGUAGGAGGUCGGGCUUUCCUCGCCGCUGUACCAGCGGGCCGCACCCGCCUGGAACCUGCAGCCUUUAUUUCCGAACUCCGGGCACGACUGCAGAUCCCUGAUGCUGACGCGGAUGCUUGGUGCCCGCUUUGUGACGGAGUUAUGGACAUCCACAACUACCAUGCGGGGAUGUGUGUGGCUGGUGGCGAACGCACUCAACGCCACUAUGCUGUCCGUGACAUUGUCUGUGCUUGGGCACACCGGGCUGGCCUCCGGCCGGAACGGGAGCGACCCGGCCUGUUGCUUCCCCAAAAUCCUGAGGAUGGUCACAGUGCUCGCCGGCGCCCUGCCGAUGUUUUCUUGCCAGCCUUUGCUGGGUCUCCUUCUGCCUUAGACUUCGCCAUCACGGCGCCCCAGCGGCAGGAGACCCUCGCUCAGGCGAGCCAGAAACCUUUGGCUGCCGCCGCGGCUUACGCCCGGCACAAAGAGGCGCACCUUCAAACUGCCGAGGCGUGCCGCGCACAAGGAGUUUGCUUUGUCCCUAUGGUUGCUGAAAGCACAGGUGCCUGGGAUGAAGGUGCUAUGGCUGUGCUGAAGCAUGUCGCCCAAGCUGUUGCAACCCAAUCAGGGGAGGACCCUGCAACUUGCUUCUCCCUUCUCCUUCAAGAGUUGGGGGUAGCCAUUCGUUAUUUUCGGGCUCGGGCCGCUUUGCGGCGUCGCAGCGAGGGCGUUGCUCGUUGA